AUGAGUCCAUUACCUGAGGAAUUCGAUAUUAUCGUGUGCGGAGGUGGCAGCUGCGGUUGUGUCGUGGCAGGACGUCUAGCAAAUUUGGACCACAACCUCAAGGUUCUCUUGAUCGAAGCUGGAGAGAGCAACCUCAACAACCCAUGGGUAUUCAGGCCAGGGAUUUACCCCCGAAAUAUGAAGCUGGACUCGAAAACGGCGUCUUUCUAUGAGGCUCGUCCGUCGAAGCACCUUGCCGGGAGGAAGGCGGUGGUUCCAUGCGCCCACGUCUUGGGAGGUGGCUCUAGCAUUAACUUUUUGAUGUACACCCGUGCGUCGGCUUCGGACUAUGACGACUUCCAAGCCAAGGGAUGGAAAACAGAGGACCUGCUCCCACUUAUGAAGAAGCAUGAGACCUACCAACGAGCAUGCCACAACAAGGAGGUCCACGGAUUCGAGGGACCGAUCAAGGUGUCAUUCGGAAACUACACAUACCCCGUAAAGGACGACUUCUUGAGGGCAGCAGAAUCUCAAGAUAUCCCCGUCGUCGAUGACUUGCAGGACUUAUCUACCGGACACGGUGCCGAGCAUUGGUUAAAGUGGAUCAAUCGUGACACCGGACGACGUAGUGACAGCGCUCAUGCAUAUGUCCACUCCACCCGUGCCGUCCACAGCAAUUUAUACCUUGCUUGCAACACUAAGGUCGAAAAAGUCAUCAUCGAGAACGGCAGAGCUGUGGCGGUUCAGACAGUGCAGACCAAGCCGCUUCACCCCAAUCAACUAAAGCCUCGCAUUUUCAAGGCACGCAAGCAAAUAGUCGUAUCCGGAGGUACCAUUUCGUCACCAUUGAUCCUUCAGCGAUCCGGAAUCGGUGACCCCGAGAAACUCAAGGCCGCCGGUGUUGAGCCCAAAGUCGAUCUCCCAGGUGUUGGUCUUAACUUUCAGGACCACUACUUGACCUUUUCCGUAUUCCGCGCGAAACCCGAAACGGAGAGUUUCGAUGAUUUCGUCCGAGGCGACCCAGAAGUCCAAAAGAAGGUGUUCGACGAAUGGGCGUUAAAGGGAACCGGUCCCUUAGCUACGAACGGUAUCGAUGCUGGAGUGAAAAUCCGACCGACUGAGGCGGAAUUGAAGGAGUUUGAAUCAUGGCCCCACCCACAAUUCAACGAAGGCUGGAAGUCGUACUUCAAGGACAAGCCCGACAAGCCUGUGAUGCACUAUUCCAUCAUUUCCGGGUGGUUCGGCGACCACAUGCUCAUGCCGCCCGGAAACUUCUUCACGAUGUUCCACUUCCUGGAAUACCCCUUUUCUCGAGGAUUCGUACAUAUUAAGUCAGCCGAUCCUUACGAGACUCCCGAUUUCGACCCGGGCUUCAUGAACGAUGAGCGUGAUAUGGCACCUAUGGUAUGGGGUUAUAUCAAGUCUCGAGAGACGGCCCGCCGAAUGGACGCCUACGCCGGUGAAGUCCAAGCGAUGCACCCAUUCUUCGACUACGACUCGCCAGCUCGUGCCAACGAUAUGGACCUCGAGACCACCAAGAAAUAUGCGCUCCCCGGUAACCUAAGCGCUGGCCUGCAGCACGGCAGCUGGAGUGUCUUCAACCCGGCGCCAAGCAGGACGGCGGAAGCCAACAUCUUGAACAGCAACAAGGCAGAUAUCCGAGAGGAGCUUAAGUAUAGCAAGAAGGAUAUCGAGGCAGUUGAGGAAUGGGUGAGGAGGCACGUUGAGAGUACCUGGCACUGUUUGGGCACUUGCUCCAUGGCCCCGAAGGAAGGCAACAGCAUCGUCAAGCACGGUGUUCUAGAUGAGCGCUUAAACGUACACGGCGUCCAAGGACUGAAGGUCGCAGAUCUCAGUAUCUGUCCCGACAACGUUGGUUGUAAUACAUAUUCCACCGCCCUUCUCAUCGGAGAGAAGGCUGCGACGCUGGUAGCGGAAGACCUCGGGUACUCGGGCGAGGCUCUCGACAUGAAGGUACCAACGUACAACGCACCCGGAGAGAUGACUUUGCCAUUCCGUCUGUAG